GAGAGACCGUCGACGGUUAUUCUUUUUGUUGUUAGUUAGUGCUUACCUGUUAUUCUACUUAUUAGCAAGUUCGAGUUACGACCAGUUUUCUUAUUCCAAAACAAGUAAAAAUUUGUGUUUUCCGAUGGUGAUGUGGCAUUGUAGAUUUAGUUACCUGAUGAAACCAUAAAUGGUAUAAAAGUACUUUUUGUGAGUAGUUCGUAGUAACAAAAACGGAAAAGUUGCAUUGCGUAGUUGAAGUUGUGAACAGUAUACCACGCGGUUUAACAUUUGUUUAAAGAAAACAUGUUCUAAAAGUAACUUCUGAAAUUUAGUUUUGUUUUCUGUAGCAGAUUAUUUAUUCUCAACAUUACCAAGCACAUGGUUCAGACGGGCAUGAGCGCUCCUUUUGGGGCGGCUGCGCCCGCUGGGUUUCCUACCCAGAACGGAGACGUGCAAAAGGAAGUGAAGGAUGCGACCGUGGCGCUGUUGCCAGCACCUGGACAAACGGCCGCAGCCGCAGUGGCCGCGGCAGCAGCGGCGGCGGGGACGGGACCACCCUUCAGUCCGCCGCCACCCCAAUCUGUCGCUCCCGACCAACAGGGUGCAGCAGGAGGAGGAGGCAACAACAUCGUCAAUAGUCCUGUCAGGGGUUCGGCGACGUAUUCGUGUGAACAACCCCAAGUAUUACAACAGCCUGAGGCCUCGGAGGCGGCAGCAGCACCUCCGACUGCAACAGGCACACCUGAAGCCACCCCUGCGGGUAGCACCCCUGCUCAAGAUCCUACCAAAAAUCAACCUAAACGAUUACAUGUCUCCAACAUUCCAUUCCGAUUUAGGGAUCCAGAUUUGAGAGCCAUGUUUGGGCAAUUUGGGCCAAUUCUAGACGUAGAAAUUAUUUUUAAUGAGAGGGGAUCGAAGGGGUUCGGUUUUGUAACAUUCGCAAAUAGUGCUGAUGCGGAGCGCGCACGAGACCGACUACACGGCACCGUGGUUGAGGGAAGAAAAAUAGAGGUGAAUAAUGCAACUGCCAGAGUACAAACAAAGAAGCCAACUGCUCUUCCAACAGUUCCUGUCUGUGUUCAGUGGCCAGAGGCUGCUCUUCGGGGUGUAGCAGCAAUUCAGAGAGGUCGAGCUAGGGCCGCAUAUCCCGCAGCAGCGGCUGCCGCGGCCGCAGCUUUUGCAAGACAUCCGACUCCUCUGGCGAGUGCUCUCCAUGGUUACACUCCCGUUUUAAAUACUUUGCCAGUCGAUGGCGGAGUCUAUUAUGAUCCAUUUUUGACAGCGGCACAUGCAGCUGAUCCAAAUUAUAGGCUACAGGCUGCCGCUGCUGCCACGCCACUACUAAAAACUCCUCUGUCGACUGCCCAACAGGCGAGUUAUGCGGCUGCUGCGACCUACACGGCUGUGGCCGCGCGAUAUGGGGCUGCACAACCAGUAGCUGGGUACGCUGUUGCAGCAGGCUACGGGAGGGACUAUGCUGAUCCCUACUUGGGUCAUGGAAUUGGGCCCAUGGCUGGAUAUGGGGCGGCCGUUUACCGAAGUAGCUACAAUCGUUUUGCACCCUAUUGAACAUAUCGGCAGCUUGGGGGUGACGUAC